UCCUCUUUAAAUCCGCAGCCGGCCAGUCCUAUUCCAAACUAACUAACAAAACUGCCUCUGGAAUAUUAAAGAACAUAUAUACUACAUCCAGCUAACCAACCAUGCCAGCUGAUUCCACAUUUACCGCUAAUGGCAGAGAGAAUAUGAUGAAGACACUCGGCGAUGAGAUCUUAAAGACGGUCCGUGGCGUCACGACCGCUUUUAACACCAACAAUCAUCACAAACAUGGCCCGAAGGCGGGAGGUUCAAGCCAGAAAGACAAUCAUAAUGUAGAUGACGAUAGCCACGCAAGUAGUGUCAUCACUCUAGCGGGAAACAACACGGGAGCCAGCAUGAAAGGGGAGACGGAGGAGAGAAAGGCGGGGAUUGAAGGCGAAAACGAGGACGAGAUGAAAACAUUUGUCAAUAGUAAUUUUCAAGCGGUUAAUAACUCCAUCAUGUUUGGGGGAAGCUAUAGUUCUAAUGAUCCCGGUGUGCACUUGGAAGUUAUGGACUGUACAACCGGGCCUCGUCACCCCGAAAAGAAGAAGAAGACGAAGAAGGGCGAAAAUGAAGCCGACGGGUCGUCUUCAUUGGACCAAGAGAAGCAUCAUUAAUCGGACAAAUGCUGGAUUGAUGAGUAUGUAUUUUUCAGAGUUCUUAUGUUUUGAUUGAAUCUUCCAAUUUGGGAAUGCCAUGUAUGUGUUAAUUAUUGUUAAAUCUUUCAUUUGUUUUUAUGGGCGCAUCUAUGUAUCAAUUCAGUACUCUACUAAUAAAUCUUGUCUUCUCAAAAACACACACCUGCAUAACUGCAUUUAAAAGCUAGAUAAUUGAACAU